UUUUACUCACACUCUCCCUCACGCGCACAUAUUGCAAUACCUCCUCCUGCGAGAAGAAAUGUUCCGUUUAGCGGCGGAGGAUGUGAGGGUCAGGACCCAGGGGUGGGCUUUUAGGAGACAAAUAAACAUCUGAGGAGGAGAGGAGCGACGUCUUGUUUACACAUUUGCAGCCAUUUAGCGACUUACUGUUCUCACUGCGUCUCUGCGGUGGUCUCUCAAACAGCUGAGCUUCUCUCUUGUCCUUUCAGCACAGGAUCAACACUGCGGUCAACGCGGCCUAAAUUGAUCCCGAUUCAGGUCUGUGUCCUCACGACUGACAAGUUCCAUCAAGUUUGUAAUACAUUCCUAUGAUGUGAUCAUGCAGCCGCCUCCACUGAUACAAGAGCAGCACAUCCCCUUUAUAACCACAGUUACCAUGGGUACAAACUCUACUGAAACAGCUAGUUAUUAGAAAUAUCCACAAUAAUUAGCCGGCUGUGUUUUUUCCCCUGAUAAUCACCAGUGCUCCACAUCUACCUGCUCGUACCCUCGUGUUAAUAUCUGUGAUACCCAAUCAGGCAAACAUACACUGGCACACACUCACACACUGCAUCUUUCUAAUCCCAACUAAUGAGGUGAUGACCAACCACUUGUUAUAAUUGCUUCAGUCUCCUUUUAAUUUUCAAGCUUAUUAAUCAUAUGUAGAGUUAUUUAAGAAUGCAUAAAUUAAUCUUAGAUUAAAAAGCCUAUCAAAGCCUCAAAACAAUUAAAGAGUAAGGUAAGAUUUCCCCUGGGCUGGCACUUUUAUUUUAAUAGAGUGUUCAGGUGAUUAUCAUACUUUGAUGCAGCACUGUGAUUAAUGCAGACACACUUUUAAAUGAGCUGCUCUCCUCUGCACAGAAAGGUAGAAGGAGCAGGAGCCUGAUGAUGACCUCACCCGCUCUUUGGGCACAUUUCUUAUUCUCUGAUCUCUGUUUGGUUCGGACUGAUUGGUUAAACACAAACGAGCCAGUGAAUUUCACAUUUACUAAGAUUCCAUAGGAAGACGUAAUGUGGAUGGGGUUUUUAAAGCCUCGCUCCAAUCUGAAUUCAUUUAACUUUAUUUGAUGUCCAAACUGUCAAUUAAACUUUCCAUUUGUCUUUUAGAAACCUUGACUUGUAAAUUAGAGGUUUGCAUUGAUGGAAGACGAGGUUUGACAAACCAUAACUGUUCAGUAAUCACUAAGUGUAGACUGUUUGUUUGAAUUUGAUGGCUGUUAUUAUAUUUUUAUUAAUAUUAUUUUUAUUGUUGUUGUGCGUUUUUUUCUACAUUGUAAAUAAAAAAGCGUGGACAUUUUUCUCUUGCUGUUGCGCAGCUUUUACCGUCUGGAGCCACAGAUCCAACAAAAACGCGUCAAUAUCACAUCAGUACCUUGCAUGUGUCACGUGAAAAUGAUUAAUUGAAACUUCAUUGAUUUUUUUUUUUUAAGUUAAGUGUUUGCUACUUAUGUUGUCCGUGCUCAGCCCGUGUCUGGCCUUUCUCUUUCAGCGUGGAGGGGAGAAAAAACGACGCGCGGAUCAGAGCGAGUGACCUUUGGAGCAGCUGCUUAUUGUCGACACGCGUGUAGGCGACGUGUAGCUUGUAAACGGUGAAUCCGUGGGAACCCAGCACAUGAUGCAGGCCUGCGCGCCGCAUUCAUCCGCGGGCCCUGACUCCACGCGCACAACAAUGCGCCGCUGGGUCCCUGCUGUUUGUAGCGCGAUGCCAAAUCCCAGAGCAGCCUCCUCCCGCAUCACGUCAAUAACAUCUCUUUUUUUUAACAAGAAGGUGAAAAGGAAUUAAUUAAAUGCCUUAUGGUCGACACAAUAGUCUACAAAAUAAUGAAAAAAUAAUGUGGAUUUUUUUGUCCUUUUAAAAAAAUGUAUGUAUUUAAACUUAAAGCCUACGGGCCUACAUUUAUUAUUUGGGUUUUAUUUAAAUCAUCUGAGCUCUGUUGUAGUUGCAUCUUAUCCACGCUGACAUGAGACCAAAAACUCAUGAAUCCUUAGUUAAAGCAGGCUGCCCGUGGGAGUGGGAGUGCCUUUCCACAAGUUUUGCCGUCACUUGAUUGUUGUCAGUGUCGUGGCUGGGGCUGGACGUCGCUGCUUGUGCUACUGCUGGCGCAACACAACCGUCCGCGCGCACCCCGAGCGGAGCAGAGAGAGAGAGCGCGAGACAGGGAGAGAGAGGGAGAGAGAGAGGGAGAGAGAGAGGAGGGCGCAGAGCAGGAGGGAGGCGGUGCUGCACGGACAACUGAAUCCUACUCCCAGAGCAAACAUCUUUACAUCCUCCAACACAGACUUCUUAUCGCGGCGACAUUCACUUCAUCACAGCUUUCUCAUUCAGGACGGAGGGAGCCGCGCGAGCUUGAAAGCCUCCAGGCCUCCAAGGAUGGACCCCAUACCUGCGGGACGAGACUCCAGCUCCUCGCCAGGCUCCAAACAAGAACUUUCAUACCCGAGCACCAACCUGAAGCCCAACCAGGUCGGAGAGACGGUGCUGUACGGAAUACCCAUUGUGUCGUUGGUGAUAGAUGGCCAGGAGAGACUCUGCCUUGCACAAAUAUCUAACACACUGUUGAAGAAUUACAGCUACAACGAGAUACACAACCGGCGCGUGGCGUUGGGCAUCACCUGCGUCCAGUGCACCCCCGUCCAGCUGGAGAUCCUGCGGAGAGCCGGCGCCAUGCCGAUCUCCUCCAGGCGCUGCGGGAUGAUCACGAAGCGCGAGGCCGAGAGACUGUGUAAAUCAUUUCUAGGGGUCCACGCUCCCCCCAAACUUCCAGAGAAUUUUGCCUUCGACGUGUCCCACGAGUGCGCCUGGGGGAGUCGGGGCAGCUUCAUCCCGGCGAGAUACAACAGCUCCAGGGCGAAGUGCAUCAAGUGCUCCUAUUGCAACAUGUAUUUCUCCCCCAAUAAAUUCAUAUUUCACUCGCAUCGCACACCGGAGUCCAAGUACACGCAGCCCGACGCGGCGAAUUUUAACUCCUGGAGGCGGCAUCUCAAAUUAACAGAUAAAAACGGCCAGACCGAUAUUUUACACGCGUGGGAAGACGUGAAGGCCAUGUUCAACGGUGGCAGCCGAAAGAGGACCCUGCCCGGCAGCGGCUCCGGCUCCAGCUCGCCUCUGAAACCGCAAGGGCCCAGCCGCCCCGGCGGCUCACCUGAGAUACCUGCGAAGCGGCUCGGCUGCGAGGACGGCCGUGACGGCGUGGCGAGCGCGCGCAGCUACCCCGUCAUCCCGGUGCCGAGCAAAGGCUUCGGGAUGCUGCAGAAGAUCCCGCCGCCGCUCUUCCCGCACCCGUACGGCUUCCCGGCGUUCGGCCUGUGCCAGAAGAAGGACGACGGUCUGAUGGGGGAGCAGAGCAAAGCGGGCCUCCCGGGCGUGCUGUGGCCCGGUACCAAGGACAGCGCCUACCACUCCUUCCCCAUGUUCUGGCCCGCGGCCGGCGCGCUGCCCAUGCCCCCGUACCCGCAGGCCCCGCACAAGCCGCCGCAGGAGCUGCUGUGCGCCCCCAGGCAGGCCGACGCGGACGCGUCCGAGCACAGCGACCGGAGCACCAACACGUCCAAAGACAGCGUCGUCGAGAUCGACCGGUGCUCCAACGACGACGACAAGUCCGGGGGCGAGGCGAGGCCGCUGGACGGGAUGACGCUGGCGCCCCGGAAGAUCAGCUACGUGUCCGCCUUCAGGCCCGUCAUCAAAGACGCCGACUGCAUCGCCAAGCUGUACGGCAACCGGGGCGCCUUCAACGGGAGUCGCACCGGGUAUUUAUCGCCCGACUUUUUGAGCGAGAGCUCGAGCUACCGGUCCGUGUCGCCCUGCGUGGACAGCGAGGGCGAGCCGGACGUGGACGUGGAGACGAACAAAACGCCGGAGGAGGAGGAGGAGGAGGAGGAGGACUCCCGGCCUCUGUCCUCGAUGUGUCCUCGAACUUCUCCCGGGCCGCCCCACAACGUGUCACCGAACCGUUCAGACUCCAAGGGCGCGGAGGACAGAGCUGUGGACUCCCCCAAAAUGAGCCGGCACGUGGCCCUGGCGUCGGAGCGAGAGCUGCAGAGCAAGCAGUUUUCCCACGUAGCCGCGUCUUUCACCGAAGUUUACACACCGGAGAGGAGCGAUCUGCAACAAAGGAGCAGUCCGUAUCACUUCAGACCUGCGAAUUACCAAACUGGAGCACUUGCAGCGAAUGACGAGAGUCCGAGUAAAGAAGAGCCGUCUUCCACUGUGGAGGAGAUCGAAACGAAAUCUUUUAAUGAACAAAGCAGUGAGGAGAGCCAGCGAGAGGCGGACGAUGGCGAGGAGGCGCCGGGCAGAGCUCUGCCGUCACAAGGAGACGUAGAAACUCUGGCAAAAGAGGAACUCCAGAAGCAGCUGUUAGAGCAAGUUGAGCUGAGGAAAAAGCUGGAACGUGAAUUUCAGAACUUGAAAGAUAAUUUUCAGGAUCAAAUGAAGAGGGAGCUUUCCUACCGGGAGGAGAUGGUUCAGCAACUGCACAUUGUCCGAGAAGCUCACGACGCUUUACACCAUUUCUCCUGUAAGAUGCUGACACCUCGCCACUGCGCCGGAUCCUGCUCGUUCAAGUCGCCUCUGCUCCCACCCUGAAUCUGGACCCACGUCCACGGCUCCUCGCCGACUAACUUGUAAUUACUUGUAAUAUUUUAAAUUGUGUCUUUCAGCAUUUAUGUAACUAUGUUGACAUUUGUUUUCCUGAAAUGAAACCAUUGAUGAUAUUUAUUAUUUGUGGCAAAGUGCAAUGAGAAUAUGUAUCUUAGUUAUAGGUUGUUUUUUGUUUCUUCUUUGUUAACAGUAGCAGCUUUAUAGCCAGUUCAUCGAUCCUUAUCCUCACAGUAUUGUAAAUGUUUGGGUUUUUUGCAGGCCAAUAGCUGGAAGUUAUGCACUUUAACCGUCUGAUUGGAAAUAUAAAUAAAAAAGGCCUUUGUGUUGAAAUAGGCUUAUAAUAUAAAUAUUUGUCAAUAGGUUUAAUUGGGCGAUAUCCACGACCUUAUAGGCGGCAUCAUCUGAAAAGUAGCUUUUAAUUCAUGUAAAUUUGUUUUCAUUGCUAAUGAUUAAAUCGUUUUAUUGAAA